AAAUUAUAGUUUGCAUCAUGGGGCUGUUCUGACAAACAAAUUGGUUUUUGACAUCUUUCGUUAAAAGCAAAAUUGUGAAGUAAAACAAAAUUGUUCAAAAAUUAUUGAGGAAUUAGCAUCAAUUUCUUCUUUUACAAAAUUUUUAGUAUAGGGAAAAUAAAAUUUGCAAAAUUUUAUUUGUGUCUUAUGCGUCUCUUAAAUUUCUCGCACUUUUUCGUAACUUGAAAAAAAUUGUAUUUUUGAAAAUUUAAAUUGCAAUGGCAAAAUGUUUAACGAAAUUAUUGGGCAAACGACCGUCAUCGCGUCUAUCCGAAUUGUAUAUUACAGUUCAGCCGCACACAUUCCGUAGAUUUUUGAUGCGAAAUGUUCUCGGUGUGGGAGUCACUCCUGAUAAAAAACCGGAAGAGUUGAAAAAGCCUACGUUACGUUUUAUUCAAUUUUUGAGAGGGAAUGAUGAACGUAAGCGUUUGGGUGUUGUAUCCGAAGACGGCAAUACUUUUGCUGAAUUGUCGGGAGGUGCUUGUGUGUCUAAUGAUUUUCUCGCAUUCCUCAAACAAGGUUUCUCAUCGCAAGAGCUCUUGCACAAAAUCGACAGAGUGCAAUGUGAGCGCAUGAAUGAUCGGUUAAUUUUGCUACCCCCCAUUAUUAAUCCUGGCAAAAUUAUUUGUGUUGGUCUAAAUUACAAAGGUCAUUGCGAUGAGCAGAAUAAACAACCGCCUACGGAUCCCGUGUUUUUCAGUAAAUUCGGCAAUGCUUUAGUUGGUCCGUUAGAUUGCGUUGUCGCUCACAGCGUCACAAAGCGACUCGAUUGGGAAGUGGAGCUGGCCGUUGUUAUAAGUAGGAAAUGUCGUCAUGUUCAAUGUAAAGAUGCCAUGAAUUAUGUAUUCGGUUAUACAAUAGCCCAAGACAUUUCGGCUCGUGAUUGGCAAAAACGUAAUGGCGGUCAGUUUUUUAUCGGAAAAUCAAUGGAUACAUUUUGUCCCAUCGGCCCUGCAGUGGUACACAGCAGCAUGAUUGGCGACCCACACAAUUUAUACUUGAAAUGCACCAUAAAUGGUGAAGAGAAACAAAGUGGCAAUACCCGUGAAAUGAUAUUCCGAAUUGAUGAACUGAUUUCUCGUUUGUCCAGUUUUCUGACUCUAUUACCUGGCGACUUAAUAUUAACUGGCACCCCAAAGGGAGUGGGUAUGUAUCACAAACCACCACAAUAUUUAAAGGUCGGAGACGUUAUCCAAAGUGAAAUCCAGUGUGUGGGCAAAAUGAUUAAUCAAGUCAUCGCUCCGUAAUUAUAAAUUUCUCGUACGCUAUUUAGAUUUUCAAGAAAUUGUGCAAUAAGUGCAUAGGUUAAUUAUUAUUGUAAUUAGAUUAUUAUGUUAAAUUU